AGCAUGGGCAGUGGAAACAGCACCUCGGUGACGGAGUUCAUCCUUCUAGGCUUCACAUCAAGCCCAGAGCUGCGAGCCCUGCUCUUCGCGCUUUUCUCAGUCAGCUACGUCACCAUCCUGCUGGGGAACGGCAGCCUCCUGCUGGUCAUCCACCUCAAUGCUCGCCUGCACACCCCCAUGUACCUCUUUCUCAGGCACCUGUCCUUCGUGGACCUCUGCUACGCCUCUGCCAUCAUCCCCAAGGCUCUGAACAGCUUCGUGACAGGAGACGGGACCAUCUCCUUCUUGGGGUGCACCGUGCAGUUCUGUGUCUUCGGCGGCAUGCUGACCACUGAGUGCUGCCUGCUGGCCGCCAUGGCGUACGACCGCUUUGUGGCCAUCUGCAAGCCGCUGCUCUACACCGUUGCCAUGUCCGAUGGGGUUUGCACCUGGCUCCUGGCCUGCUCCUAUGCCAGCGGCUUCCUGAACUCCUUAAUCCAAACUCUCUGCACAUUCAGCUUGCCCUUCUGUGGGGCCAACCAGGUCGACCAUUUCUUCUGUGACAUCACAUCCCUGGUGAAGCUCUCCUGCACCGAGACCCAGAGCAACAUGACCAUCAUCCUGGCCUCGGCCUGUGUCAUCGGUGUCAGCAGCUUCCUGACCACGCUGACUUCCUACCUGUACAUCUUCUCGGCCAUCCUCAGGAUCCCCUCCCAUCAGGGCAGACACAAGACCUUCUCCACCUGCACCUCUCACCUCACAGCCAUCUCCAUCUUCUUCGGGACUCUCAUCUCCAUGUACGUGCGGCCCAAGCCAAGUUAUUCUGCUCAGCAGGACAAAGCUGUCUCUGUGCUGUACACCCUAGUGAUUCCCAUGGUGAACCCCAUGAUCUACAGCCUGAGGAAUAAGGAAGUUAAAGAGGCAUUGAGGAGAAGGCUUCCUGUCACAGUCAGUGGUUUGCAUCUUCCCACCCUUCCCUCUUCCAAAGAACCUGGCCUAAACAGAGCUUUCUAUAACACAUAGAGGGAGAAGAGCCAAAGACUAGAUUACAUUCACAAGGGGCUUUGCUAAUGCUGAUCCAUCAAAAGUGGGCAGCAAUUUUCAAUGGACCCAAGGGAUUUAGGUGCACAAAUCCGUUCAUAUGCAAUGAAUGCCUUUCUCUCUUAGUAUCCUUUUAAAAUCCAUGGCCAAGAUACCACAGUGAUGGGCAACAAAAUAAAAACAUGUUGGAUAAAUAGACAAAUGAACAGACAACACGUAAUGAUUUUAAUUUGUAUCUACUUCAAGGAAGGGGUUAAAUUACUGAUCCAUGGGGGUAACCUGAAAGUAUCUUUAUAGUACAGAAAGUCAGAUGACCAACUUUUUCCAAAGUGGCUCUUGGUUUUGGCUCCCUUGAUUUGUGAGAACUCAGCUUAGACACCUUAGUCCUGAGAUGUCAGAGGAAAUGAGCAACUGCAGCUCCUAUCGUCCAUCCGACUCUCCCUCUCUAUCUCAGAUGAUAAGCUCUCCAGGUUGGCUUCCCUUUGGAGAAACGAGCUACACAGAUUCAAAGUUUUGCUUUUUUAUUUACACUAUAUACAUGUGGCCUGGAACAGAGGUGGCCAGAAAGAUCACACAGGCAAUCCUUGCUAUUAGAAAUCUCAGCCCCCAAACCAACGCCCGAUUCCCAUACAGUAUCUUUGCCCAAGAAUUGCCUUUAGAUAAAGAACAAAUUUUCUUGCUAUUUGCAAGAGCUCCCUGCAAAAAAAAAAAUAUAUUAAAUUAACAACAAUAGAAUAUUUCUUCAAAGACUGAAAAGAGCUUUCAUACUAAGAAAAAAUGUAAGAGCACCCCCUUUUGACUCCUGCCAUAACAAUAUUUUAGGGCAGUGGAUGUAUUUUUGUUAAGAAAAUCAAUCAAUGUAAUUGUGAAGCAGAAUAUAUUCAAGUUAUCAGACUGGAUGGAAUAAACAUUUAAAGGUGCCUUGAAUUAUACUUUUUUUUUGGAUUUUUUUUAAUUCUUUCUUUCUUCAGAAUAAUUUGUUAAAAGUAUUCUCAGAAUAAUCAGUAAUAAAUUACUUCCGUAGAAAAGGAAUUAUUAAUAUGUAAUCAUUUAUUAUUAUUAUUAUGCAAAUGUCUACAAAACAAAGGCUGAAGGGACCUAUUAUUGCUCUCUCUAAAUGCAUCAGAAGGUAAAACACCAGGGAGGGAGAGGAGUUAUUUAAGGGCCAAUACUGGCACAAGAACAACUGGAUAUAAACUGGCCAUUAAUAAAUUUAGGCUUCAUAUUAGAGGAAGGUUUCUAACCAUGAGAGGAGUGAAGUUCUGGAACAGCCUUCCAAGGGGAGCAGUGGAGACAAAAAAACUAAUUUGCUUUAUGACUGAUC